AUGUCAUCUCAAGAGAUUCGGCUGGCCAAAAAACGGUACGAGGACGAGGGGUUGAAGCCAUCCCAAAUUGCUGACCGCCUUGGGCGCAACGACUCUAAUAUCACGCGUCUCUCCGUCAAGCAGCUUCCUCGUAAAGAGCAUGGUCGUCGACAUCUACUUUCCGAGCCUCAAGUAGAUCUUCUGGUUCGCCGUCUACAUGAGCCCGUCACCAAAGCGAACGCGGAGUACCAUGUCACUGCGCAGAUGCUUCGGAAAUCAACCAAGGAGCGCGUCAUUCUGCAAGCUCUUCAUGCUCGCGGCAUUUAUUUUUGCAAAUUACGCGAGAAGCCCCUGUUGACUGCAGAUGACAUUCGUGCUCGGUUCGCCUUUGCGAAGAAGUUUAAGGGCAAGCCUGCGUCGUGGUGGAACAACCACAUCCAUGCCUUCUUGGACGGUAAGCACUUCAAAACCUACAUCACCUCUGAUGCACGGAAACUGGCUGCCAACAUUAACAUCGCACAUUUGCUGUGUAUCGGGCUCCUGGACUUCGUCUGA